CCAAGUGAUGGCGCAUCUCGUUUAAAUCACCCUCACGAUAAUAAGCAAAAUAGAAAUAGUUACGCGAGAAUUGUGUUUUAUAAUCUUUACAAGAAAUAAGCUGUUAUACUGUUUACAUUGUAUCUGAUAAAUUAAAUAAAAAUAUAAGAAGAGGAUUGUUUUACAAGUUAAUUUAAGUUAUUUUAAUGCUUAUUGAUAUUUAUUAAGAUUAAAGGAAUUAGUUUUUUUAACAUAACAAAAUGUCAAAGACUAAAAACAGCACAAGUAACAAUAAGGAAUAUAGCAGUGCAUCAUCUUAUACAUCUUCGUCAUUGUCAUCAGACGAAGAAGAGAUUGAUGCAAGAGAUCUAAAACCAAUUCGAGAUUAUUUAUUAGAUCGUAAAGAAUUAGCUCGACAACUUUUUAAAUCUGUUAAACCAGAAAAGAUUCGUCUCAUGUUACCACAGGUUCUUAAACAAAUGGAUUUAAGUGAACUCGAGGAAUGGUGUGAAAGUGAGUUAAAUGGUAUGUCUAAGGCUCGAAUUUUAUCUAUAAUAAAUGGUAAACCUAUGCUGGAAUCUUCAGACACAAAUGAGUCUUCUGACGAUUCAGGACCUUCUUUAGAAAUUAUUUCUGAUACCGAGGAAUGGUUAACUGAUGAUGAUACAUCUAAAAAAGAAAAUGGUAAGAAAGGAAAGCUAACAAGAGAUAAGACAAAAAUUAAAGGAAAAACACAAGUUAACAAGAAAAAUAAUUCAAACAAAUCUAAUGUUAAGACAAAAUGCAUCAUUAAAAGCGAAAAUAAAACUGAAGAUGUUAAAAUUAAAAAGGAAGAAGAUAAGGAUAAAGGAAAAGAAGGAGACAGUUUGUUAGAUUUAUUAGAGCUAGAAAUGCGAGCUCGUGCAAUAAGAGCUUUGAUACGAAAAGAGGAGGAUAUAAUUCCAACCAGUAACCAAUCGCAAACAAAUGAUAGUCAAGCAACAGAAAAUAGCAUUGGAACAUCUCAAGAUGAAGAAACAAAAGAAAAUUGUCGCAAGCAAUUAGAAAGAAUUAUUGGUUCUCAACAAAGUAAUAAAGGCGAAGAUGAAGAUGUUGUUUUGGUAGUUCCUAAACCUGCUCCAAUUGUCGAAUUAUUAUCUAGUGAUAGUGGUGAGGAAGAAACGCGAAUAAAUCAAGACCUGAACAACGAACAAGCAUUGAAAGCUGGAAAAUCAACGAGUAACUUGGAUGGAAAUUCUGUUAAAACACAAGAGUUGAAGGAAAGAAAAAUUCAAGACAUACAUAGUAAUACAAGUACUAAAUCAUAUCUAACUAACACAAGCGAAGCAAUAAUGCCCGAAAGAAAUGUAGAUAUAAAAAACAAUGUGUUAUCAAUAUCGAUUUCUGCGGAUAACGUUGCCGAGAGACGGAAAAAAUCGAAGAAAAAGUCACGUGUAAAAUCACAACUUGUUUCUACUACCACAAACUCUUCAGCGUUGAAACAAAGUAAUAUUACUGAGAUGACAGAGAAAUCAAGUGAAAGUAUUGAAGUCAAAUCGAGAGUAAAUCCUUCUGACGAAAAUAUUAUUAUUGAUGAAGAAGAAAAUAAGACAAAACAGAAAAUAGCAGAAGAAAAUAAAGUCGAGGAAGAGAGAUCGACAGAUAUAGAUGAUAUUGAUUUAGAUGAUUAUUGUGAAGUUAUGGAAAUAGAUAGUAGUGAUGAUGAUAAGAGUCAAGACAAAGUUGUUGUUCUUUCUGAGCAAGAAAAUAAGCAACCUGUAGCUGGAACCACUUUGCCAAAGCCUGAUGAUUCAACAGAAACUUGGGCGUCGCGUUAUUAUCAGACUGAUGACGUUCAAAAUGUAAUAAAAGAAUCGAAGAUACAGUCUGAGAUUCGGAAACGUUUGAGGGAACGUCAAAGGUUGUCUAAAUUGAAUAAAUCACCAAACUUGAAUUCACCUGUACAUCUAUCAGUAACGGACACAACUCCUGCAUUUGAGAAAGUUCCAACAGGAUCAGUGGAGGAAUAUUUGGCUUUGAAGCGUGUGUCAAAUGCAAAUGUUAGUAACAUUAAUGACACGACUGUGCAAAUACAAUGUACUAGUGAUAAUAAUACUAUCACGGAGGUACAAUGUACUAAUGAUAAUAAUACUACCAUGGAAGUACAAUGUGCCAGUGAUAAUAAUACUACCAUGGAAGUACAAUGUACCAGUGAUAAUAAUACUAUCAUGGAAGUACAAUGUACCAGUGAUAAUAAUACUACCAUGGAAGUACAUUGUACCAGUAAUAAUAAUACUAUCAUGGAAGUACAAUGUACUACUGAUAAUAAUACUACCAUGAAAGAUGAUUUUACAGUUAUUAAUUCUAAUAGUGAUAUUAAAGCAAAUGAAACUUUAGUGCAAGAUGUAAGUAUUUCUUCCCAAGAAUGCACAGAUACUGACACACAGACAACUAUAAUUUCUGAAGCUGCCAAACCGGCUGAAAUAAUCGUCAAUAUAAUAGAUGAAACACGUAAAGAUGAAGCUUAAUUGAAAUUAUUUAAAUUUUAUUAUUAACGUAUGACAGUUACAUUUUUGGAGAUACAUAUGUGAUUUAUGUUUAAGAACUGUUGAUAUUUUGUAAAAAUUCGUGACAUAAUGAUUCAUAUUUAUAUAAAAUAUAUAUGCAUAAAAUUUUUUACAUAUAAAAUGAUAUUUGAGAAUAUUGAAUAAUAUUCUGAGAAUAGAAUUUUAAGAAUUUUACAGGAAAAGUUUCGUUUAUUACAUAUUGCUGUAUUAUAUAAUAAAAAUUAUGAUUUAUUUU